GCCCGCUGCCAGACGCGAACCAGACGCCCUCGCCUCCCACUCCCAGGUUGUUUACCCUUCCCUCCCCGCGCGCGGUGGUUUGUGCUUUAGCUCGCUCGCGGCCGUUCUCUCCGUAUUUCCCCUCUUUCUCUAGACCGGAGGCGGAUGGCCGGGCGGAGCAGCAGCCUCUCCAUGGUCGCGUCGCACCGGCUGUUCGCGCCGGUGCACGCCGUGGGCGGCGCCGACCACGGCGCGGAGCUCGACGAGGCCGACGUCAUCUGGGGCGGAGGCCCGGCGUCGUCGUCCCCGUCGUCGCCGUCGCCGUUCCUGCCCUCCGCCGCGGCGGCAGACCCGUACGCGCGGUCGCCGCCGGUGGCCGCGCCGUCCAAGCCCAAGCCGCGCGGCGGCCCGGGCCCAGCGUCGGUGCCGGUCAACAUCCCGGACUGGUCCAAGAUCCUCGGCGCCGAGUACGCCGGGAGCUGCGCGGGCGCGCGCGGGUGGGCGGCGCACGACGACGCGUUCGCCGAGGACGCGGCGGGCAGCGGGGGCCGGCGCUGGGUGCCGCCCCACGAGAUGCUGCAGUGCCGGGAGCGCGCGGCGGCGUCCUUCUCCGUGCGCGAGGGCGCCGGCCGCACGCUCAAGGGACGCGACCUCCGCCGCGUCCGCAACGCCAUCUGGGAGAAGACCGGCUUCCAGGACUGACCCGGUGGCAACCCCCCCCCCCCCCCCCCCCCCCCCCCCCCAGCAAGACAGCCACCGCAGCCCCGCCGCCCACCUUCACGGCAAUGCCCGCCGCGGCCUCGUUGAUCCCGUUCUCGCCUUUGAGGAGGGAGAGAGGAGCGUUCGCUCUGAUUAGUGGCCUCAAUCAUUAUGGAUUGAUUCGAUAAGUUUUUUUUCGUUUUGCUUUAUUUUGUUCCCCGCGUUUAGUCGUGAUGAUCGAUGAGGAAGAGGGAGUAGAGAUUAAGGCCUCUGUUUUUGGCAUUUUCCCCCCGGAGAGGCCCGGUCGAUGUACUACCACUAGUAAAAUUAAUUCAUCUUUGAUUAUUACUAGUAUUAAUGAUCGGGCUUUUCCUAA